AUGGCCUUCACGAUCUCGGUUCUCGCGCUAACGUAUCUGAGUGUCUCGGUUUGGGCGCAGAGUUUGCAGGAUGUGUUGAGAGGUGGAGAGGAGAGGUAUAAGUAUCCGACUAGUUUUACGCAGGGGAUUGUGCCGAAGGGGAUACAUUCGCACAAUGAUUACUGGCGUCCUCUACCCUUCUACACAGCCCUAUCCCAGGGCUGCAUCUCAAUCGAAUCCGACGUCUGGCUCUACAACUCCACCCUCUUCGUCGGCCACGAACAAUCCGCUUUAACCACCUCCCGCACCUUCCAAUCCCUCUACAUUGACCCCAUCCUCUCCGUCCUGCAGCGUCAAAACCCAUCUUCACCCUUCGUUUCAUCACCAACGCACAACGGCGUCUACGACACCGACGCAGGCCAAACCCUCUACCUCUUCGUGGACCUCAAAACAUCCGGCCUAGAAACCUGGCCUUACGUCGUCAAAGCCCUGGAACCACUCCGAAAAGCAAACUACCUCACAACCCUAAACGGCACCACCCUAACCAUCCGCCCCGUCACCGUAAUUGGCACGGGCAACACGCCUCUCUCGCUCGUCCAGCCCGUCACUACUCGUGACUACUUCUGGGACGCCCCUAUCCCCACGCUGAACAGCACGUUCUCGAACAUCACGGCGCUGGUGUCGCCGAUUGCGUCGACGUCUUUUACGCAGACGAUUGGUCCCGUUUUGGGGACGAGUUUGAAUGAGACGCAAUUGCUGAAGUUGAGGGCGCAGGUGAAGGUCGCGCAUGAGAAGGGAAUUAAGGUUAGGUAUUGGGAUCAGCCGGGGUGGCCGAUUGGGACCAGGGAUGGGAUUUGGAGGACGUUGAGAAGUGAGGGUGUUGAUCUAAUCAACGCUGAUGAUCUUGAGGCUGCUGCUGGGAAGAAUGGAGAUGGAGAGGGAUGGUGA